UAUCUACCCAUUCAAACAUGAAAUUGUUGAGAUACAUUUGCUAAAAUUUUUGGUCAAGAAUAUCCCAAAAGACCCGUCAAAAUCUUUUGCUCCCUUUGCAAGAAUUGGAUCCAAAUAACACCGUAUAAGCAUAACAAAAUAAAAAUCUGGUUCAAUAAAUAUUUUAGCUAAUCAUUACUGGUUAAAAUCUCCAUUAACCCAAUCCUCGUCGAGCAAAGAAUUUGCAGCUGUAAUGGAUUUCUGGCGAAGAGCUCGGACCUUCGCGGAGGAAGCUGCAAAGCAAUCACAGGAGCUGACGCAGGGAAUUGCCACGGUUAACCUGUCCGACGUCGUUUCGGAGGCUUCGAAGCGAUCCAAGGAGUUAGCCGCCGAGGCGUCGAAGAAGUCGCUGGAGCUAGCCAAUGAGGCGAUGAAGCGUGCCGAUCAGAUCAAGUCUCAGCUUCCGCCUUCAGCCGUGGUGGCGCUGACUAAUUUUGUGGAGUCGUCUGAGAAGGGAAAUGAGGCUGAUCUGGAGAAGUUUGGGGUGACUGACGAUUUGAGGGAGUUUGCCAAGGGUAUUACUAUAAGUACUUUUCAGGAAUUCCCGCUAGAAGAUGACUCCGAGAUGUCUGAUAGUGCUAUGGUUUCAAAUGUCCGUCAGGAUCUCAAUGAAUGGCAAGAAAAGCAUGCGAAGCUUGUUCUCUCAACAGUUAAGGAAAUCUCGAAGCUAAGGUACGAGUUAUGCCCCAGAGAGAUGAAGGAGAGGAAGUUCUGGAGGAUCUACUUUAUACUGGUUAGCAGUCAUGUCGCACCGUAUGAAAAGAAGUAUAUGGAAGAUGUGAAGCAAAAACAUGCUGAAAAGAUAAAAGAUUCUGAGGUGAAGGAAAUUUCAUCCGGUGUAACAUCUCCUAAAAUGGCAGUUGAUGAUUCAAACCAGAAAAACAGUAAAGCGAAGUCAUCAGCAUCUGAGCAAGACUUGGAUGUAUUUCUCCUCGGGGACCUUGAAGAGAGUGACAACGGCCCAGAUGACAGGGAAGAUAUAUUUGAAGACGAUUUUGACAAGAUAUAGCUUGUCUGUUUGAUGAUCAUGUGUCCUAAAUCCACAAGAAAAUGAGAAUAUAUAACAGUCGAAGGGCCACGGCUGAUGUUGCUCGCAGUAAUGCCAAUACUUCUGAUUUGGAGGAUAAAGCACUAAUCUUAAGAAGGCUAAUUCUGAUGUUGCAAAAUCUACGGGACAAUAGUAAGUUCUCUCAUCUUACCUUCUUCUUUUUAUUUUUUAUUUUUAGAAUCUGGCAAAAUCGAUUUUACUACUAGACUAGAGUAUAUUUUUUUGUUCUUUUCAUAUGACUAUGGAGUUUUAGAGCGUUUAGUAGUUUUCGACUCUUCCUUCACCUUGCUGAAUCAAUCAGCAAAAUUACUCUUUUAGGUUCUUUGCCGUUACAUAAUCUAUGUUUUUGCUGUAAAUUUCGUUGCGUUUUGUACCAUUAUAAGUUAAUUCUCUUGCUACUUAUAUAAGCAUGAAGGUGUUAUUUAGAUAA